UCUUUCUCUUUCCACAACUAUGGAAUUGUCAAUGAAACUGGCCUUGGUUAUUCUGUUAGUUGCGAUGGUGUCGGUUAGUGCACGUCACAAGCCGAGGAUAUGGAACAGAGUCAGAUAUAACGGACUACUCAAGUGCGACUUUCAGAAAGGAGUCAGUUCGUCUAAAUGUAUCUCGGCAUCGCAAGUUUGUGAUGGUAUACCCCACUGUACCGACGGUGCGGAUGAGCUGAACUGUUCGCCAGCACCGACCUGUCCACUACUACCAACUUGUCCGCAACAAACAACAUGCCCGCCGCCAACAUCGUGUCCGCCACCUACCGCUUGCCCGACGACUAUCAUGGAGAUGUCAACGACUUCAAUGGAUAUGACAACGACUGAUGGGGAGACAUAAACUGGUUAACCACACGUAGCCUAUUGAUGUCACGCUUAUGUCGCGUUUCAGUCAAAAUGCAAUUUGCAAUAAAUUAAAAAAAUA